AUCCUCGCUUUUUUCUACACGCCAUGUUGAUUGAAGCGCGUCAGCCACCAACAACAAUAGUAUAAAUAUCGGUGACCAGGAUGUCCCUUGGCUCUUUCCAAGUACGUAGGCGUUGCGGGCCGCAUGACAAGCGUCGGAAGAGUCAUCGUUGUGAGAACUGUCAGCGCAGUCAUAUUAAAUGUGAUGGGUCUCGCCCCUGCUCCGCGUGCCGCAGUCGGACUCUCAGAUGCGACGCAGUGUCAUCUGUGGAGUCAAGUAGUGACUUGGCCAUUGUUGUGUGCCAGCCACCGGCCACUGUCAGUCCUGGCAUAGGUGGAACCAGUCCGCAGAGCCACAUGCGCACUGGGAGCGGUCAUCGCAGCGGGUGAAUGCUCUCAUAGUGACCCGUCGCUUCAGCAGAGUUUUUUAGCGACAGCUCAGGCUACAUACAUCGAGUGUUGUUCAUACUUGCAGCGAAAAGCAU